AUGGAUCUAACCAGUAAUAUGGAUCUAACCAGUACUAUGGAUCUAACCAGUACUAUGGAUCUAACCAGUAAUAUGGAUCUAACCAGUACUAUGGAUCUAACCAGUAAUAUGGAUCUAACCAGUACUAUGGAUCUAACCAGUAAUAUGGAUCUAAACAGUACUAUGGAUCUAACCAGUAAUAUGGAUCUAAACAGUACUAUGGAUCUAACCAGUAAUAUGGAUCUAAACAGUACUAUGGAUCUAAACAGUAAUAUGGAUCUAAACAGUACUAUGGAUCUAACCAGUAAUAUGGAUCUAAACAGUACUAUGGAUCUAACCAGUGAUAUGGAUCUAAACAGUACUAUGGAUCUAACCAAUAAUAUGGAUCUAAACAGUACUAUGGAUCUAACCAGUAAUAUGUACCUAACCAGUAAUAUGGAUCUAACCAGUAAUAUGGAUCUAAACAGUACUAUGGAUCUAACCAGUAAUAUGGAUCUAAACAGUACUAUGGAUCUAACCAGUAAUAUGGAUCUAAACAGUACUAUGGAUCUAACCAGUAAUAUGGAUCUAACCAGUACUAUGGAUCUAACCAGUAAUAUGGAUCUAACCAGUAAUAUGUACUUAACCAGUAAUAUGGAUCUAACCAGUACUAUGUACCUAACCAGUAAUAUGGAUCUAACCAGUAAUAUGGAUCUAACCAGUAAUAUGUACCUAACCAGUAAUAUGGAUCUAACCAGUAAUAUGUACCUAACCAGUAAUAUGGAUCUAACCAGUACUAUGGAUUUAACCAGUAAUAUGGAUCUAAACAGUACUAUGGAUCUAACCAGUAAUAUGGAUCUAAACAGUACUUUUUUCAUGGGGAGGCAGUGGCUGGAUCUAACCAGUAAUAUGGAUCUAAACAGUACUAUGGAUCUAACCAGUAAUAUGGAUCUAAACAGUACUAUGGAUCUAACCAGUAAUAUGGAUCUAAACAGUACUAUGGAUCUAACCAGUAAUAUGGAUCUAAACAGUACUAUCGAUCUAACCAGUAAUAUGGAUCUAAACAGUACUAUGGAUCUAACCAGUAAUAUGGAUCUAAACAGUACUAUGGAUCUAACCAGUAAUAUGGAUCUAACCAGUACUAUGUACCUAACCAGUAAUAUGGAUCUAACCAGUAAUAUGGAUCUAACCAGUAAUAUGUACCUAACCAGUAAUAUGGAUCUAACCAGUAAUAUGUACCUAACCAGUAAUAUGGAUCUAACCAGUACUAUGGAUAUAACCAGUUCUAGGAUCUAA